AUGGCGUGCAUCGUGACCGUCCCGAUGCCGCGGGACGAGCACGUCGAUUUACGCGAGAAGAUCAUGCGCGCGUGCGGGCUGUCGAACGCCGUCGAUCUCUCCGCCCCCGACUUCGCGACUCGGCUCCUCGUCGCCGCGCGCGUGUCGUGCGUGGACGACCGCGAGGCGUACUUCGCCCCCGCGGGAGGGUGGGCCGCGAAGGUCACGACGCCGCCGGUGAGAGGCGAGCGCGACCGCGUCGCGCUGUCGCCUCGGAACGAGACCGCGGCGUGCGCGCUCGCGCUCGAGCUCGUCGCGGAGCGAGGCGCGGCGGCGGCGAGCGCGAUGCCGGCGGUGCGCUCGCUGUGCGACGCCGCGCUCGCGCCGCCGGACGACGCGCCCGGGGUUUCGACCGUCGCCCCCGAGCCCGCGUCGCCCGCGAACGACGGCGGCGUCGGCGACGCGAUGAUCGCGUGGGUCAAACGCGGCGGCGCGUGCUCGACGUCGUCGACCGCCGCCGCGGAUUUCGAGGCGGCGUCCGACGCCGGCGGACGCGCGACGGUGCGUCUCGUCCCGGCGCGGUUCCCGUCCACGGGGCGCGGCGCGGCCGCGUCGACGGACCUCCCCGCGGGCGCGGACGCGCUGACGAUCCCGUCCUCCGCGCUGCUCACGUCGCGCGUCGCGCUGGAGGACCCCACCGCGCGAGGGGACGCGUACCGAACGUUUGCGGGAUUGGGCGAGGACACGCUCAUGACGUUGUGGCUCGUGUACGAGAAGUACGCGCUCGGCGACCGCUCGCCGUGGGCGCCGCUCCUCGCGUCGCUGCCCAUGGACGACGGCGGCGGCGACGACGGGGAUCGAACCGCCGCCGGAGCCCUGGGUCUCACGCCGGCGUCGUGGCCCGCGGAGGUGACGGACGCGCUGUUGCGCGGCGCGCCGCUUCUCGACGACGCGGUCAAGGCGAGGGAGACGACGGCGCGGCAGCACGCGGCGCUGUUCCCCGCGCUAGGCGAGCACUUCCCGGAGGUGUUUCCGACGGAGCUUUACACGCUGAGGCGGUUUAGGAUCGCGUCCGAGGCGUGGAACGCGUACGGGAUGACCGUGCAGGCGGAGACGGUCGGCGGCGCGAGCGGCGGCGGGGAGCACCACCCGCCGGCGCCGACGACGUGCCUGCCGCCGAUCGCGUUGCUGUGUAACCACGCGACGUGGCCGCACGCGGUGCGGUACAGCCGCCUCCGCGACGAUGCUCUGCACCUGCCCAUCGCGCGCGGGGUUCGCGCGGGCGAGGAGAUUUUCGUGUCGUACGGCGCCAAGUCCAACGCGGAGCUGCUCUUGUUUUACGGAUUCGGCGUCCGAGACAACCCGUACGACGACGUCCCGCUGUCCCUCGAGCUCCCGCAAGGCGAAGUCCGAGACGUGAGCGCGCUCAGGGAGCGCGUGCUUCACCGCGCGAAGCUAUCGCUCUCGCCGCACAGCGUCCGGUGCGGCGCUCUGCCGCUGCCGCUCGUGGGGACGCUGCGAGUCCUCACCGCAGACGCGUCGACGCUCGGGACGUACGCGGGGGAUCCGCGGACGGACCCGGUGAGCUCCGAGGGCGAGGCCGCGGCGGCGGCGGCGCUGUGCGGCGCGCUGCAGACGCUUCUGGAGCGGCUGCGCGCGGGGGACGACGCCGCGGCGGCGUGCGCGGCGACGCUGCGAGGAAGGGGCAAAGGGGAGGAGGCGGCGCGGGCGGCGGAGGCGUACCGAGACGGCUGCCGCGCCGCGUUGGAGAGGGCGGAGCUGGAGGCGAGGAGGUGGCGCGCCGCCGUGGGGGGCGGGCCGGACCCGAGCUUAGGGAAGCGGACGAGCCGGGACGAUUGA